AUAAAUCCAAGAAGGAGAAAAAGUCUCAUUCUUCAGGCUCCAUUUUCUUCAUAGUCCAUCCCAUGUUCAUGGGGUCUGCAUCUGGGAAUUUAUCACUCUAAUUGUAUUCCUUAAACCCCUUUGAUUUUGUUUCCAGAUAAAAACCCUAGCAAGCACAAGACCUCCUUAGUUUCCCCAUAAACAUCUACUUUCUAUUCUUGGCCUUGAAUUUAUCAUUCUUCACUACCCGUCUUCCUCUUGUCUCCAGCUGCAAGAAAUCGACCCUCAAGGAGAGAACCUCUUGAUAUUCAGUAGAAACGGGUUUCUUCUUACUAAUUCUGUAAUCGAUCAGUGCUUUUGACUAUGCAUAGAUCUGGUACUGCAAUGGCGUGGAACGUAUUCAAAUUCUGUACGGCCUUACGAGGUCUCGGAUCGAUCAUGAUCCUUUUGGUCCUCGGUGUUGUCGGUGUUACCUAUUACGCUGUCGUUUUGACUAAUUAUGGACCGGCACUAUCUCAAGGCGGGCUUGAUUCGCUUGCUGCUUUUAGUAUCCUAAUCCUCUUCCAUUUACUACUAGGGAUGCUUUUGUGGAGCUAUUUCUCAGUUGUUUUUACUGAUCCUGGUGUUGUGCCUCCUAAUUGGAGACCAGCUAUUGAUGAAGAAAGAGGUGAAUCUGAUCCGUUAAAUAGUUUGGAGUUUGUCGGUUUACAGCCUGAUCUUUCGAACCCGAGGAUUCGGUUUUGUAGAAAAUGCAAUCAACCAAAACCUUCCCGUUGCCAUCAUUGUUCUGUUUGUGGACGGUGUGUGUUGAAGAUGGAUCACCAUUGCGUUUGGGUUGUUAACUGUGUUGGAGCACUGAAUUAUAAGUAUUUUCUUCUUUUCUUGUUUUACACAUUUUUAGAGACGACUCUUGUGACUUUGGUUCUAAUGCCGCACUUCAUAGCCUUCUUUAGUGAUGAAGAAAUACCUGGAACCCCGGGCACUCUUGCAACUACUUUUCUUGCAUUCGUUUUGAACUUAGCAUUUGCUUUGAGCGUAAUGGGUUUCUUAAUCAUGCACAUUUCGUUGGUGGCUGGCAAUACCACAACUAUUGAGGCAUAUGAGAAGAAAACCAGUACAAAAUGGCGGUAUGAUCUUGGUAGAAAGAAAAACUUUGAACAGGUAUUUGGAAUGGAUAAGAAAUACUGGUUCAUCCCAGGAUACUCAGAAGAAGAUCUAAGGCGAAUGCCGGAGCUGCAAGGACUUGAAUAUCCUUCGAAGCCCGACUUCGAUUCCCAGUAAUUCUGAAGAAGAUGACUUUGAUCAUCAUCAUCGUCCCAUGUAAAACAACAAUACGUAGAAAACAGAGAGACCCUGGACAUGACAUUUGAAAAGAGAAAUCUACUAACUUGAAGAAUGAUGCUUUCACUCUUAGCACGGUCUAUUGUCUUCCCACGGAGGCCAAAAAAACGUCAUUAAAUUAUGGGUUCUGUAAUUUAAAAAACAUUUUAGCUUUUGUUGGUUAUACAUUCGUUCAUCUUCUUGAAUAGUUCAUAUAAACUCAAUUACUUGUGUUUAAAUAGAGUUUUGUUUUUGCUAUAUCAUCACUAAAUAGA